GCCAAUCACAGUGCAACUAACCUCUACCAUAGCCACGCGAUCGCUUUUCAUGUUUCAUCACAAACACUGGCUGUCUGACGGAGUUUUAAGUCGUCUUUUCAUUUUUCUGAUUCACUUUAAAGAGGUGUAUGAUGCUGGUGACGCAGUUGCUGAGGGGUGCAGUGAAGCAUGCUGGAAGUACUCCCCACUGCAGUGUUGAGAGACUGAUCUCAGUUGCACGUGGUAUCAGCUCAUCCUCACAACAGUUAUCAGCAUUUGGGAGAACAACUCCACCGUCCUGCACUGACAUUGACCACCCUAAAGUCCUCAUCACUGGAGGGCUAGGACAGCUGGGGGUGGGGCUCGCCAAGUUGCUAAGGAGACGAUUUGGAAAAAACAACGUGAUCCUGUCUGACAUUAGGAAGCCCCCCAACGACGUCUACCACGAUGGUCCGUUCAUCUUCUCAGACAUCCUGGACUAUAAGAACCUCAGGGAGAUUGUAGUGAACAACAACAUCAGCUGGCUGGUUCACUACUCGGCUGUGCUGUCCGCUGUGGGAGAGAACAACGUCGCGCUGGCCAAAGAAGUCAACAUCACAGGUCUCCAUAACAUAUUAGACAUAGCAACCGAACAUGGUCUGCGUGUGUUUGUCCCCAGCACCAUCGGUGCCUUUGGUCCGUCCUCACCCAGGGACCCUACACCUGAGCUGUGUGUGCAGAGGCCACGCACCAUCUAUGGCGUCUCCAAGGUGCACGCAGAGCUGAUGGGUGAGUACUACCACCACAGGUAUGGGCUGGACUUCCGCUGCCUCAGGUAUCCAGGUGUCAUCUCAGCAGACUCCCAGCCAGGAGGGGGAACUACAGAUUACGCUGUCCAGAUCUUUCAUGCAGCCGUGAAAACUGGCUGUUUUGAGUGCAACCUGCACGGCGACACACGGCUUCCCAUGAUGUACAUCGAUGAUUGUCUCAGGGCUACUUUAGAGUUCUUGGAGGCUCCGGCAGACACGCUGGUCAGCCGCACCUACAACAUCAACGCCAUGAGCUUUACACCACACGACCUCACCCAGGAGAUCCAGAAAGUCCUGCCUGACCUCAAGGUCACCUACAAUGUGGAUCCCAUCCGGCAGGCUAUAGCGGACGGCUGGCCGAUGGCGUUAGAUGACAGCGCAGCGAGGCGGGACUGGGGCUGGAAACACGAGUACGACCUCGCAGAGUUGGUGCAGACCAUGCUGGCCCACAUCACCAUGGGCAACCAGCUUGCACAAGCCUACUGAGCCUUUUGUAGCAUUUUGGUAGCAAAGCUUUACUUGAAAGUGUGUGACAUUGAGGAUUUGAGUAUUUUUAGCGUUCAAUGAUACACUUUAAAAAGUUAUGUCUCAACAAAAUCACCAGGUCUGACCUAAAAGCUUAAGAUCCUAAAUUAAUAACAAGAUUUAGACCAUUCAAAUAAUUACGACCAAUUUGACUAAGAUAUGAAACUACAUAUUAUAAAAACAUUCCAGACCUCCUAAUAUCAUGUCUUUGGUAACAUCUGUGAUUUUGAACCCCCUCCUUAUCUGUCCAUCCAGCUUUUGUGUGAAACUAAUGUGCUUACUGUGCUGCAAGCGCCUGCUGGAUACUGUCACCACCUGACUGCACUGUUAAGAGAGUUAAGCUCUCUCUCUCUGAAUGUACUGUAUUUAUAUAUGUAUGUCAUAUUGUGAAUGUAAAGUAUGCAGAUGCCGGCCUGUCGUCUGUAGCAGCUAAAUGCUUGCCUUAGGGGGGCACCUCUGCCGUCCUGAAAACCAGUUAGCUGUUAGCAAGAGCUGCACUCCAACUGGCCACCAAAAUACACCAUAAUCAUAAACACUGAAAGGCUUUACCUCGGGUGCUGUUACUAUAGAAACUGGUAACGCUUGCCCUUCUGUAGGGAUAGUUUACGGGUGCUUUAACUGUAGUUGCCUAGCAGAGCUUUAGACCUUCAAGUGUUCAGGUUAAAGAAGAAUAGCUCCUUUGCACUAGGUGAUUUUGAUAUUUUUAUUUCUAUCUAAAUGGUUUUUAUUGUUGCUUUCUGUGUGGAAGCUGCAGUCUCGGUGCUGAAUCUUUAUGAAUGUUUAAUCAGUUAAUGUAGCAGCCGUCGGAGUUCUUCAGUUUUGGAGUUGUGCUUCCAUGACUUGAGUUU